CUUGGCAACGACGGUAGUUAUCGACUUUAUCUGCCUACAUGACCCACGUAUUCGACAAAUUUUUGUCUAAACUGCUGUUAUUAGCCACAAAUAUACAUACUAUUCAUAGUCUGUGGUGUAUGACUCGAUGAAGAUGAUCGAUUCGUCUCUAAAUUCUUUGGGUGCAAAAGUUGUUGUCGCUGCAUCCAGCGAUGAGGAUCACCCACCAGAAAACAUCAUUGACGGAGACACUAAAACGUUUUGGAUGUCCACCGGGAUGUUUCCUCAAGAGUUCAUCAUUGGCUUUGCUGAACCCACGAUGAUUUCUGCAGUGACAGUGGACAGCUUCAAUGUCAAGCAUCUAAAGAUAGAAAAGAAUAUUUCACAAAAUGCCUCUCACUUUGAGUUUGUUGGGGAGAAAGAGCUUGAACAUACAGAGGGACAUCUUCAGUCAAAUGCUAUUUCACUAAAUGGAACCAGUGCAACCCACCUUCGUUUUAUCAUCACCUCGGGAUAUGAUCACUUUGUCUCAGUGCACAGAGUCAGUGUACAGAAUUAACACAAUUGAAUAUCGCUUAGUAAAGCCCCCGGGAUGUAUUUUUGUAUAUACUAUAUGGCCUCAUUAUAUGCUCAGUCUGUUUUGAUAAGGGACACACACAUACACACAUUGACAUCUUCCAUCAUGGCAGAUUGUUGUAACAGUGAUUGGGAAUCUGAUACACAUAUUCCAUGAAUAUAUGAGGAAUAUUGAUUUGUAAAAUCAAUUAAUGUACUGUGCGUCUAAACAAAAUUAGUCUAAUCGUCAUAAUCUUAUCAGCAAAGCUGCAGUUGCAGACAAAGCACAUGGAUGAAAGCUAAGGUGAUGUUUUAAAUCUGGCAUGUAAAUCUGAAAUUUGCUUCGAUCCAUUUCCCGUGUUUGUGCAUAUUUAAUGUUAUGGUUUUACUUAUGGGGCUUUUUAUCCCAUAUUCAACUGUUCCUGGUUAUUUCACAACCUGAUAGUGGCAAAGCUUUAGAAUAAAAGCAUUGGAUUCUGA